CGUUGGUGUGUGCAGACUGCAGAGCGCGUUCGCGCUCGGCCGUCGUUCAUUAGUUAGUGUGGCUUGAAUGUAAAAGCUUGAGUGACACCUGUUGUUGAAUCACUUGAAUGUAUUAUGUGUUAACAGGCUUGCAGUAAUAUGAAAUAAAUUUUCACACAUUCGUCUAUAUCGAAAACUGAAGAAUACUUCAAAAGCGAUGGACAAAGCAACAAAAGCCAUACGCAGGUCAGGUACAAAACUGCGUGGUUUGUCAAGUCGCCACAGCAGCCUACAAGUUCUCAUUGGGCAGCUUGGUGAUAUGAGGACAACAUGCAAGGGUUUCAUCAGUGCUCAGCAAACUGCUGCUGAUGACUUGUCAAGAUGGACAAAUGAAUGUGAUAAUCGAGCCAUGCAAGAUGUGUGUGCAUAUCUGGCUGAGCUUUCUCUACUUUGGUCUGAAGUCCAAAAAGAAUUUGCAGAUCGGCUCCGGGAGUACAGGACCCAGUUUGAGCUGAUCUUAGAAGGUGAGCGCCAUGUUGAUCAGUCCCGCGAGCUGUACAGCAUCAGAGAACAACGUGAGAUCAAGUGCAGGAAGGAACUGGCCAAGUGCAGCAUCAAGGGAGCUGAAGAAGUCAAGCUCUAUGAAGAGCGUGUAGUGCAGGCUGAGAAAGGCAAAGAUUUGGCUUAUCUCGAAGUUGUGGACAGAAUCAAGGAGAAUGAGACAGUGAAACUUAUUAGGUUCCGUGAGGGGUUGCGUAAAAUCAGUGCUGCAUAUGUUACCCUGGGUCAGCACUGUCAGGCUGUAUUCUCUGCUUACAACUCAGUGGCAUGCACACUGCCUGAUGUGCACAACAAAGAUCUUCAGGAUAUUCGUUACACUGGUAACCGCGAAGCUGCGGCGUUUGUGCAGAGAGCUAAAGAACAAGUUCUGGGGCAUUCAUUUGACAGAGAUGCGGCCGCCGCUCCCUCUUCAGCUGAAAGUGAGAAGCUGCGCGUGAACAUGCCUGACGAGGGCCGGCCGGACUUGCCUCCUAAGAGAAACCCCGGUAAACAGUCAGAGUCCCAGACUUGCCUGGGUGGCACACACAACAGUUCGAGUGCCAGACACCAUGAUCCACCGCCUUCUUAUUCAGCUGUUAUGGAGCAGGACAGUGCUGCAGUGGAAGGAGCGUGUGGUAUUACUAGGAAUGUGCGCUCAAAUGUUGUUCCUUCAAGCGAUGACUUGGGUUUCCCUGACCAACCUAUUCAAAUAUCGUAUCCCUCAUACCUCAAUUCACGGUCAAGGACGUCGUAUCCAAGCUUCAUCCCUCCAGCUUCAGCACCAGUCUCUUCUCACUCUUCAGCACCCGUCCAAGACAACAACACUGUUGAUACCUCUCACACACACCGGGCACUGGCGCGUUCAGUGUCUGACAGAAGAAGUCUGGCCACUACACGGAGUUACGUUCACCCUAUUUUGCGUAGGCAGGAAAGUGAUUCUGCCCGACCUUCCUCAACUCAUGAAGAUUAUCCUCUUACCCGCAACGAAACACAAAUGGGUUCUGUAGGAUUGCGAAAGACUCAGAAGAAGUUGAGCCUGAGAAGCAUCAGUUAUGCUGCUGGGAACACUAUAACGGGAUUACUUGGUCUGAAUACUAAAACUAAUGCUCGCUAUGAGCCUGGAAUAGCCACAGAUUCUGACGACUAUGAAUCAUACAACUUUUCUUCUGGUCUGGAAAGCUCAUCACACCCAUCAGAUGAUAACUACAGGAGAACCAAUCAUGGUGAUGUUCAUGGUAUAUUGACUCAAGAUUUAGACCGCGACAACGGUCAUGCAGAGCGAAAUUCAAACUCUCAGACCGAGCGUGACAAAAAUACUCAUUUUAGGCGAUCUGGUGAUACGAAAUGUAUCAACGAAAGUCAGGAAAAAUCUCGCGCUCUCUCAGCAAAGUUUGGGCUCAAGAUUCCCAUCUCAGAAAUGUGCCGUGAGGAACUUGAGGAACACGACUGCAAUGGAGACUCUCUUUCUUCCUUGAGAACCAACACAGUUGUUCGUCCAGUUGAAGAUCCUAGUCAAGUUUCUGGUCGUACUCUUCAGUCUGGAAACUCCAAGAAGAAAAAGUCGAGGGCGAAUAAUAAAAAUUCUGGGGAAAAUUUGUCAAGUGAAAAAUUUGAGAUAUCUUCCGAAUCCACCGCAAGUUCGUUGGAGAAUAUCGGUAGAUCCCUGUACUUAGAUAAAGAAAACCAGAGCAAGCGCAGAGCAAAAACGGGUGAUUUAAAUGACUUAAACCGAAAUUUGAUGGAUUUGAAUGUAAGCAGUGAGAAUAUAGAAAUGGACCCCAAAAUCCACAAUAAUAUAAAUGCCAGUUAUUCAGGCUUUAACGGUAAUCCAUUUAAUGCAGCACUCUCUCAACAUCAACUUUUCUCUCCUUCAGUUGGCUCAGACACAGUAAACUCUGCUCCACAAUCUCUACCCGGGGCUAAAAAAUCUCACUCUAGCCCUACCAUCAACCUGGACCUGAACCCCAAGCUUCCAGUUGCGAGCCGAGUGGCUGACGACCCUUGCACAAUCGCGCCUUCAGGAGGCAAACUCGCGGACUUAGAUGGAGACCUUGCGUCGUUAGCGAAGGCCCGUCCACCAAAGAAUACAAACCCUUUCUAUAAUAUGCCUAAUUCCGAUGAAAGUGAGACAGACACCAGCAAUAGCGCAUCAUGUCAACGAUAAUACUUCUUGAUUUUUUUAUUAAGAGUUUACUUAUGAAUCAAGAUUGCCUCGCUAUCAGAUCGAAUGAGUGUGUUGAUACCAACUUCAACAGGCCUAAAUUUUCCUACGAUGUUGACAAUUGCAAAUACUUUUUUCCAUUUGCAUGUUUAGUUUUUCUAAUUGUAAAACUUGAAAUAAAUAUCGUUUUAACUUGCACACCAUUCGAAUCUGGCAAUAUCUUUAAUUCUAUUGACGGUUCCUAUCAAACUCGUUUACAAGGCAGGUCACUUCAUCCGCCAGAGUAUUCCAGACUCGCUCAUAGGAAGAUGCAAUUCGCUGUGCUGUUUUAUUGAUAUGUAAUAGGCCAUUUUUACAGUGUAAGUGCUGGAUUCAGAAUAAUUAUUUUCUAAAGGUAUGCUAUAUGUUGUGUAGGAUAUUUGUUUUCAGUAGACUAAAUUUAAAGUUAUAUGCAUUUUUUAUGCUUUGAAUACCGUGGUCAUUCAUUUUACAGUUCUGAAUGUCGGUGCCUCUACCGUUAAUCACUAAUUACAUUUACAUUUUUUCAAAACUGUUUAGUGUUAUCUCCGCGAUAUUUUACAUUGAACGCCCUGAUUUAUUCGGUUUUUGGGAUUAAUAUUAGUUUAUGCUGACGACUUGCAUUCUAUACCAGUCACGAUUUUUUGAACAUCUCAUUUCAUCGUAUUGAAUCUCAAUCUCAUAAACUCGCAACCGUUGUUUUAUGUUGACUAAAAUUUUCUUAGCUACAGAAAUACAUUAUCGUUGAUAUUAUUCUUUAUGGUACUAGUUUAAGUUUUGUGUGCAUGUUUGUUUAACUUCACGCGUCCCAUUAAAGGCUGGUACCUAAUUUUAACCUGCUUGUUCUUGUUUAGUUUUCGCACCGAAAGUUAUUCGUAGAAUGAAAAUAACCAAAUGUUUCUCAACAUAGAUCUGAUAAAUUUGUAAGAAAGCCUUUCUUGCAAAUACUCAUUUUUUGUUUAAUAUUAGCUUUUAAUCUGCUUGA